AUGGCAGAGUUUGACGACCAACACAGUCGAGUUCCCGAGUCGGUCUUUUUAGGCGUGCUAUGGGCUCUCACAGGGACAUCGUUUCUAUUUGUCGUAUUCCGCAUAUAUGCCCAACUUGCCUCAUUCCGUCGAGUAUUCCUAGAUGGCUACCUUGUUGUCUUCGCAUGGUUCAUCAUGCUCACAGCUGCAGUCAUCUGGCAAGUCGAAGGGAAGGUCCUUUACGAGUUAUAUGCCAUCAGCGCUGGGACAAAACCAUUUAAUCUUGAAUUGCUACCGAGGUACGAUACAUUCAUGCGAUUCAAUGCUCCACUUCAGAUACUAUUUUACUCGGCGCUGUGGUGUGUCAAAUUCUCGUUCAUGGCACUCUUCUAUCGAAUCAGUGCCAAGGUUAAGCCUCUCCGUAUCUGGUGGUUCGUGGUCCUUUUCUGUACAGCGAGUGUCUAUAUCGCAUCAGUGGCCGAUAUCGAAUACAAAUGCAGUUUUGGAGGGUUGGAGUAUAUCAUUUCCCAAUGUCCCCAGCCUCAUCACGUUCAUUAUGAAAAUCGCAUGUUCUGGGCCAACUGUGUUGGAGAUAUCACCACGGACUUGAUGAUCCUGUCUAUUCCCUUCCUUGCGCUAUGGAAGACACGAAUCUCGCUGCGAAAAAAGCUCAUUUUGCUCAGUAUUUUCUCCGCAACUAUCUUCAUCAUGGUCACCGCGAUAAUUCGGGUGGCCGUCGGGAUGGACUAUGACCGUCAGAUGAAUAUCGACUGGCUAUGUUUCUGGAGCUUUGUUGAAGUGGACAUUGCGAUUAUUGUCUCGUGUGUCGCCUCCCUCCGACAACUCUUCGUCGCCUCGCAAAAUCAGAGCUCAUCUGCAAGGACCGCGUACUAUGAUACAAAUGAUCCCAUUCUGAAAAAGCCGCAAGAAGGGUCCAGUCAAGAUCUGUCGCGAUCUGUGGGGGAUGUCGAGUCACCCGCAAAUGAUGAGGUGCCCAUGUCGCCCCUGAGUGUUGUACAUUCGCAAAUCCUCUAUGAGACUCUCGAGAUCUGCCCACUCCAGGAUCUGUGGAAAUUGAGGGCGGUCAAUUGCUUCUUUGCAAGUGCGGUUGAGGCCUACUUGUUAGAGCGUGUUCAACUCCGUGACGUUGUCAUCCCUUCGACUGCCAACGCCGAACCCAAAGUCCGGUGGGAGGAUCUUCCAUAUGGCAUGAAACGUGUCUAUCUCCACCGCAAGCUUCAUAUCCAUGAUCACAGCCAAUGUGGAUGGUCGAGUCUGGUUCACGGAAUUCUUGACCUUCCUCAUCAGAGAACCGAAACUCUUAUCAACAAGCUCAUCGAUGCAUACCUAUGUGGAGAAUUCAGUGGCUAUCGCAAACUACUCGACCCUGAUUUAUAUACAGCUGAAAAAAACAGACUCGUCUCUGCUCGCCGCACCAUGCCAUUCUAUUGGCCACCCGAGAAAUUCGAAACGACAUUGAAGUAUGCCUUAGCAGCGAGUGCCAUUCAAAGAGGAGACUGUAUCCAGCUGCAGACACUCCUUGAUCAGGGAAUUCACAUUACAGGCCAUAGUGACCGACUGGCCCUUGUUCCGCUGGAUAUCGCUGCCAAAAAGGGUUCUAAGGCGACCAUAGAGCUACUUCUAGCACACGGUUGUCCAAUGAAGUAUCGCAGUCAUAAGGAUCAUCAUAACUCCAUGUUUGACGAGACCAAAGUCACGGACAUGAUGGCGGAAAGUGGCAAUGGCAUCGGGUUAAAGGUCUGGAUUGACCACUUGAUAAAGGACGGACCAAUGUAUCCGAAGCUUUUGAAGCAGACGAUGGCAAGGGGAGUUGUGGGCGGGCAUGUUGAAGUCUUGAAGCUUGUCCAGGAAUAUUUUGAAGCCCUGUACGGUAAUCCUGGAUGGGGUGCUCAUAUGCUUGACCAGGCCAUCAGGUAUGGGUCAUUGGACGCAAUUAAGUAUUUGUUCCAUCGAGGUGAGGUGGAUGCGCACACGCGAACAAGCCUGUCAGACAGGAGGCCGCUUUUGAAACUGCUGUGUGAAUGUCCAAUCCCGAAGAGACCAGAUAUUGUUAGGUUUCUUCUUGAAAAGGGGGCAGAUCCAAAUGGGAAUGGCCCGUCGAAGAAAAAAACACCUUUCGAAGUGGCCGUCGAAGCAAAGGAUUUUGAAUCAGCAUCAAUUCUAUUGAAGUAUGGAGUAACUGUCAACUUCAAAUGGAUGAUGCCAUUGCUACUGAAUAGCCAGACCCGUGCCGCUUUGGCUCAGCUGUUUUGGCCUGUCGGGCACAGUCGCCGAGUAUACAAGACGAGAGGAAAGUCAUAUACUCUCUGUCGUGAGGCGAGGAUGAUAAACAAUGUUGAGAAUGUUUUCUUAGAACUGGGGUGGAGUGAGCAAGAUGUGAAAGACUUGGGGAUUGAACAUUUUAUCGAUAUAUUCUAG